AUGGGUGUCUCGGAGCUUAUCGAUUCUAUCAAUCUUGCUACUAGUGAGUCUGAUAAGUUGAAUGAUGAAGAUCGAGGAAAGCUUCUUAGUGCUUGUGGAAGACUACAAACGAGCCUAGAGGGUCCUCGGGAUAAGUUGAUGAAGAUGAUAUUCUCGUCACUUCAACCAGUAGCACUUAGCCUCGCAGUUGACAUGGAAAUUUUUGAUACGGCAGCUGCUUUGUCUGCGGCUGGGAAAGAAAUUCGAGCCGAAGAUCUUGCUUUGCCAAAAGAUGCUGAUCCGUUGCUUGUUGUAAGGAUCAUGAGACUGUUGGUGGGAAUGGGUUACUUCACUGAAUUAGCCAGAGAAAUCUACAAACCCACACCACUAGCAAGCGCUCUCGUCACAUCAUCUCCAUAUGGCCAAGCAGUGAUCCAUUUCACAACCCAAAAUGAAGUUGUAGCCGCUCUCCCAACAUACUUUGCCAAAAAAGGCUAUCAGAGCCCCAACGAUGCAUACGAUGGUCCAUUCCAGUUUGCUCGACAAACAGACCUCCAUUGUUUUGAUUGGAUGGCUACUCAACCGCGUAUCCAACAUGCCUUCAAUACCGUGAUGACCAUUCCCCGCACUAUUGGUCGCACAGCAUGGUAUGAGUAUUUUCCCGUUGCAAAAAAGCUCAAGGUAGAAUCACCUACAGAUCCACUGAUAGUUGAUAUUGGAGGAGGUAUUGGACAUGAUUUAAUUCGUUUCAAAGAAGCACAUCCAAAACUUCAAGGGAAACUUAUUGUAGAAGAUAUCCCGGUAGUGGUUUCUGGUAUCGCACCAAGCUCUCUUCCUGGCGGCAUUGAAGCUCAACCAUAUGACUUCUUCAAACCACAACCUAUCCACAAUGCAAAAGCUUAUUUUCUCGCCAAUGUCUUGCACGAUUGGCCUGACAAGCAAGCUUCUGUUAUUCUGAAGCAAAUUAAGAAUGCGAUGGGUAAAGACAGUAUGUUAUUGAUCAAUGAGAAUUUGAUGCAAGAAGAGAAUGCAUCAUUCGAGAGUGCCUGUACAGACUGGAUGAUGAUGGGAGGAUUUUCGGCAUUAGAAAGGACCGAGAAACAAUUCAAAGAGCUGAUUGAGAGUGUGGGGUUAGUUUUGGUGAAGGUUUGGGGGGCUCCAGGUGUAGAAAGUGGACCUUGGGAAGGAAGAAGACUAUUGGAAGUGACCAAGAAUGAUUGA